AUGGGUUCUUUGGAGGAUAUGGUUCCACUUUUAAAUAAACUUCAAGAUCUUAUAUUUAAUACUAUUGGUACAGAUAAUAUUGAUUUACCUCAAGUUGUUGUUGUAGGAAGUCAAUCAAGUGGUAAAAGUUCUGUCUUAGAAAACAUUGUUGGUAAAGAUUUUUUGCCUCGUGGUCCAGGAGUUGUAACAAGGCGUCCCUUAAUAUUACAGCUUAUUAAUAUAUUACCUUUAAUAAAUGUCAAAAUAAAAGGUUCUGUUUUAGAUAAUUCUAAAGAACAAGAGUGGGCAGAAUUCUCUCAUAAUCCGGGGAAACGUUAUACUCAGUUUACAGAAGUUCGUCGUGAAAUUGAAAAUGAAACAUCUAGAGUUGCUGGUGAUAACAAGGGAAUUAAUAGACAGCCUAUUCAACUUAAAAUAUUUUCUCCUCACAUUAUAAACCUUACUUUAGUUGAUCUUCCUGGAUUAACGAAAAUUCCAAUUGGUGAUCAGCCAUUAGAUAUUGAGCGUCAAGUACGUUCUCUUAUUCAAGAUUAUAUUGCAAAACCAAAUAGUAUUAUCUUGGCAAUAACUCCAGCUAAUGUUGAUUUAGUUAAUUCAGAAUCUUUAAAACUUGCACGCCAGGUUGAUCCUCAAAGAAAAAGAACCAUUGGAAUUCUUACUAAACUUGAUUUAAUGGAUCAUGGUACCAAUGCUCUUGAUAUUUUGUUAGGACAUGUUUAUCCUUUAAAACUUGGGUUUAUCGGUGUUGUUAAUCGCAGUCAACAAGAUAUUUUAAUAAAUAAAAGUUUAAAGGAUGGAUUACGCUUUGAAAGAGAUUUUUUCUAUAAUCAUCCUACAUACAAAAAUAUAUCGCAUUUAUGUGGAACUCCAUAUCUUGUAAAGUCUUUGAAUAUUAUUUUUAUGCAACAUAUACGAGAAAAACUUCCAGAUAUAAAAGCAAAACUUAAUAUGCUCAUGGGACAAAUGCAACAGGAGAUUUCUUUGUAUGAUAAUCAACAUUUUAUGGGGAAAAAUAAGAAUACUGCUUUGCUUUACUUAAUAAAUAAAUUUUCUAACUCUUUUAUUUCUUCGAUUGAUGGAUCAUCUUCUGAAAUUUCUACAAAAGAGCUUUGUGGUGGUGCUCGAAUUUAUUACAUAUUUAGCAAUGUUUUUAAAAAUGCUCUAAAUAUUAUUGAUCCUGCAGGAAAUUUAACUGUGCAGAAUAUUAGAACUGCUAUUAGGAACUCUUCUGGUCCCCGAUCGUCACUAUUUGUUCCUGGUCUUGCGUUCGACAUUCUUGUGAAACCUCAAAUUAAGUUACUAGAAAUACCAUGUCGAAGAUGUGUUGAACUUGUUUAUGAAGAGCUUGCAAAAUUAUGCCAUACGUGUACUAGUGGUGAACUUGAAAGAUACCCACGACUCCAGGCUAAAAUACUUGAAAUUAUGUUGGAUUUAUUAAGAGAAAGAUUAGAACCUACAUCUAGUUAUGUUGAAAGUCUAAUAUUGAUUCAAAUGGCAUACAUAAAUAUCGAUCAUCCAAAUUUUGUUGAUAGAAUGGGUUUAAUUUCUUCUAUUUUUCAGUAUUCAAAUAAAGACAAAAAAAACAAGCUAGAUAAAAAAGAAAUUGAUAAUAAAAGAAAAGUAUCUGAAAAUAUGACUUUAUCUAAUGGAAUAGUAGAGCCUUCAAGAUCAACAUCAAAUGAAUCAAAUAAUACUAUUAUGCAAAAUAAUGGAAUUUUUUGUGAAAUAGGCGUAUCUAAUUCUGAAUCAAAUAGUGAUAUAGCUUUUUCAAAUAGGUCAUCUUCAAAUUUAACGGGAUGUAUCAAUUCGUCUAAGAUUAAAGAUCCUUUUUUUAGUGGUUUUUUUGGUAAUGAUAAAAAAGAACAUACAAAAGCAUCAUUAUCUAUACCAUUUAUGGAAAAAGAUUUGAAUAUUCUUAAAUAUUCAGAAAAUUCUAUUUCUCACGAUAUAAUGUCUAUAAAUAAAGAAUCAUUAGAUAUUAUUAAUAAUGAUUAUGAUGAAAAUAUGAAUGAACGGCAACAAUUAGAAGUCAAUUUGAUCCGUAGUUUAAUAAUAUCUUAUUUUAAUACAGUAAGGGAAACUGUUCAAGAUCAAGUCCCGAAAGCUAUUAUGCAUUUUCUUGUGAAUUACUGUAAACAAAGUCUUCAAAACAAGCUUGUUACUGAAUUAUAUAAAGAAGAAUUAUUUAAUGAUUUAUUAUAUGAAAAUGAAUCAUUGGCAUUAGAGAGAGAAAAGUUUCAAAAGGCAAGCUAUAAAAUAUAUUAG